CCCGAUCCUUCCACUCCACUCCACCAGACCGGCCACCACUUGCCCACUCCCUCGCUACUACUAGUACUAGUCCUACACUAUACGCUCCCGGAUGGCGGACGCCGCUGGCAUCGCCACCGUCCUCGCCGCCGACGGCAGGGACUUCCUCCUCCGCAACUCCGCCGACCAGACAGACGGUCAAAUGUUGGACACGGAUUUCCACGGCUGCACUUAUUUUGGGACGGAGGUGAAGAUCAGCAGCAUCGAGGCAAGCACCGUUGCCCUCUACUUCUCGGCCUCAUGGUGCCCACCAUGCAGGCGCUUCACGCCUAAGCUUAUUGAAGCAUACAAUGAGCUGGUCUCCCAGGGAAAGAACUUCGAGGUUGUCUUUGUUUCAGGGGAUAAGGAUCAAGAGGCAUUCGAUGCAUACUUUGCAAAGAUGCCAUGGUUGGCAGUCCCUUUCUCGGACUCCGAAUGCCGUGCCAAACUCAAUAAGCGCUUUAAGGUGAGAGGCAUUCCACACCUCGUCAUCCUUAAUGCAACAUCUGGUGAAGUUUAUACGGAAGAUGGAGUUGAGCUUGUGACUGUGCAUGGUACAGAAGCUUACCCUUUUACAACAGAGAGGAUCAAUGAAUUGAAGGAACAGGAAAAGGCAGCUAAGGAUAAUCAAACUGUUCAAAGUGUGCUUGGUACACCCACCCGCGACUACUUACUUUCGAACAAGGGAGAUAGGGUACCCAUCUCUGACCUUGAGGGCAAGUACGUUGGUUUGUGCUUUGUGGUGAAUGGCUAUGGCCCAGUAGUCCAAUUUACCUCAUUGCUUGCUAAAUUUUAUGAGAAACUCAAAGAAGUAGGGGAGAAAUUUGAAGUUGUAGCUGUAUCCUUGGACAGUGAUGAGGAAUUAUCCAAUGAGAGUUUUGCAGGCAUGCCUUGGCUUGCCAUCCCUCAGGAAGACAAGAUGGGUGAGAAGCUGGCUCGUUAUUUUGAGCUUAGAGGCCUGCCUACACUUGUCCUGAUUGGUCCUGAUGGGAAGACACUGAACAACAAUGUUGCUGACAUAAUUGAUGAGCAUGGUCAAGAUGCAUGGGAAGGGUUUCCUUUCACUGCAGAGAAGAUGGAAAUUCUUGCUGAGAAGGCAAAGGCUAAAGCAGAGUUACAGACCUUGGAGUCCCUUCUGGUCAUUGGUGAUUUGGACUUUGUGCUUGGAAAAGAUGGAGCAAAGGUUCCUGUAUCAGAACUUGUUGGGAAGACUGUCCUCCUCUACUUCUCAGCUAAAUGGUGCGGACCAUGCCGAGCCUUCCUGCCUAAACUUGUCGACGAGUACAACAAGAUCAAGGAGAAGCACAACGACUUCGAGAUCAUCUUCAUCUCCAGCGAUCGAGACCAGAGCUCCUACGACGAGUUCUUCUCCGGCAUGCCAUGGCUCGCUCUUCCCCUGGGUGACGAGAGGAAGCAGCACCUGAGCAAGACCUUCAGAGUCCGCGGGAUCCCUUCGCUCGUCGCCAUCGGCGCCGACGGGAGGACGGUGGCCAGGGACGCCAAGACCCCGCUGACGGCCCACGGCGCCGACGCGUUCCCGUUCACGGAGGAGAGGCUCCUGGAGAUGGAGAGGAAGAUCGACGAGAUGGCGAAGGGGUGGCCCGGGAAGCUGAAGCACGAGCUGCACGAUGAGCAUGAGCUCGUGCUGACUCGCUGCACCACGUAUGGCUGUGAUGGAUGCGACGAGAUGGGCAGCUCGUGGUCGUACAGGUGCAGGGAGUGUGACUUCGACCUGCACCCCAAGUGCGCGCUGGGGAAGGAGGAGGAGAAGAAGGGCGAUGACGAGGCUGAGGCUGAGGCUGACCCAGCAUGCGAGGGAGGCGUUUGCAGGAAGGCCUAAAAGAGACUUGUUCUUCCACUGGUUAUCUACUGCUGAUUUAAGCGUGCCUGGAUGUUUGGAUGUGAAAUUAGAGAAUUAUGUAGUGAGUAAUAAAUAUGGUUUUGUUUACAAAGUAGUGGUAUUGGGGUUGCUGGUACAUUGGUAUUUGUGUUGAUGAACAUUAGUUGAGACCAGAGCUUUGGAUUAUUCAUUAUUAUGUGCAAACCAAAACCAUAUGUAAGUAUGAGUCCGGAUUGGUAAUUGGGUAUCUUGAAUCAUGUUGUGAGUAAUA